UUUACACACCCAUCACUAUUUAUUUCUAUGAUCUGAUAUAUCUGUCAAAAAUACAGAAAAUUCAAUUGUAACCAGAGACAAGACAACUUGGGCUGUCUAUAACAAUUAUAUAAUAAGAAGUGUAGAUUAUUUGGGCGAAAAGUUGCAGAAAUGGCUGACAAACCUCUGGGUAGACCAAUGAAAUUCCCUUAUACAACAGCCGCACAGAUUGCCCAAUUUCCAUUCAAAUUCCAUUUCCAAAAUCAAGCGUACUGGAAGUUCUACGUUAUUUCACUUGUUGUCUGUUUACCAGUAUUUUACAAACUUAAGAAACUAACAAACUCUCCUGGAAAUGUAGCUAAAUGGGAAGAAGCAAGGAAGAAGGAAGCAGCUGAACAUCACUAGGUACUCAAAUGUAUAGCAUAUUGAAUUCACUUAGCUGCAGUUCAUGUUCAAAUUAAAUAAAAUAUUGUAGACUA